UGUCCCAAUUAGGCUCCAUUACCGCACCAGUAAAACCAGUACAGGGCAGGUUUGAAGGGCAGGUGCUGUGUGUAGCAACACAUUAGCUUCGUGCUAAGACUCCAGCUUAUAGAUGCGGUCAUGUGUGCAGCGCAUUUCAUUUAUUACACACUUUAUUACAGAUUUUUGGCCUUGAGCUCAGGCUCAGCCCGGGCAGGUGCUCUCAAGUUCUUAUUAUCCAAAAGGAGCUGAGAGAACAACAGCUGCAGUUCUUCUGACGUCCAGCAGGGGCUCCACAGAGUCAGUCCCCAUAGACUCCCAUGUUAUAAAUUGACGUUUAUUUCCUCUCUUCAUAACAGCUGGGAUAUCUGUGUGACGUCAUCCUGCUGUUGAUGUGAUAUAUGGAUGGAGUCAGUGCCUCAAUCAUAGAUUUUAUAUAAAAGAUGGAAUAGCUGCUGGAGCUUGAGGUUUUUCACUGUCGCAGUUUUUGGCUCAUGGGCUAAUGACUUGUGAAUGGCAAGUCUGAUUCUAAUAACAGGCAAAUUUUACAAAAAGAUCUUUGAGUUUUGUUUAGUUACACUUGAAACUAUAGUCUGAAAUCAGAAAAGUAUCACAGAAGUCACAGUUUUGGCUUUUUAUACUGUUAAUAAUGUUCAGGUUUUAUAUCUCUAAAAUUGGACUUUUUUAUUUAUUCAUUUUUCAGGUAGCAACUUUUAGCCAUGCAGGUAAUUUACUCUUAGCCCUGAACUCACUUAUUUAAACUCUGUUGAAGUUUAAUGUCAGACUAAAGUUUAUUACAGUGAACUAAGACUAAGAAGACAUUAGUUAAACAUUAAAACUACUUCCUCUCCUUUUACUUUUUUUAAUGAACAUGCCCGAACAGCCCCUGAGUUGUCAUGUUGUCAGAGUCAUGAAACCGGCUCUGUGAGGUUAUUACAUCACUAUUCUGCUUUUACAUCAAUGAUGCAUUUUGUUAAGCUCUGUGCUAGUUUUAGUUGAUGAGGCUUAUUACAGCCUUAUUGUACACUGUAAACAUAGUGAGUUAUUUUCCUGAUUUAGUGGUAAGAUAACUCGACAGGUUGUGAAAUUGUUGUUGAUUUCUUUAGGCUUUUAUGUGGACAUGAUAGUAUGUGAGGAGGCUGUAUAUGACAUGGAAGAAUACACCCCAUGACAUUCUUAUGUUUUUAAUUAACUUUGUUGCAGAUUUUACAAAAUUAAAGACUAAAUAAAAAACAAAUAAAAUAAAGAUUAAACUCACCUCUAACUCUGGUUUGUUAGAAUUUCUCUUUCUAAAAACAAAAACCUAAUAAAAUGAUCACCAUGACAGUCCUCCCAGAUGUUACAGGAAAGGUUCAUCCAAGCACCCAUUAAAACGAGGACUAGCAAGAUUAUAUACCACGUUCUGAUGUGGAUUUCUAAAAAGAUGAAGUCAUAUUUGGAGUUAGUGAAGUCGAGUUAGUUGACAUAUAAUGAUGUGCUGCCUGGUGGCUACUUAUAGACUCAUGGUUAAGCUAGUAUAACACAUUAGCACAGGGAAGAUGGAGAAUGAGGGUUAAACUGCUGUGAGUAAAAGUUCAUGUUGAGGGUUCCUGUUGGGUAGAGGACGAUGCUGACAUAAAAACAGGGUCAUCAUGUCGUUGUGAAUAAGGAGCACUAAUCUGUCUGAUAGUGGCUCAGAUAACAGCAGCUGUAAAGCUGAUAGGAAAGCAGCCGUAGCAGAAAAACAGGCUAAAGUCCUGCUCUGUGGACUGUGGUCCCACAGAGCUGCUGAGCAUCUAAAGGAGGACUGUUCACACGUUCAUCUCUGUGGAUUUCUGCUGUCCUGCUCUGCACACCGAGGCCUUUCUGAUCUGAGUACGCCCACUGCAGCCAUGACCCCUCCCACCUCUGAACGACCCUCGGGGACGCUCAUGCUGUUCGUUUACGCUGCUUUCACACUCAUAGUGAUGAUGUCACUUCCCGUGUCAGCACUGGAACCGGAGACGUGUUUCUCCAGGCAGCACCAGAGCGCCAUAGUUGACGUCAGGCUGGCGCUAAACAGACCGACAACAGCCAUGGAUGCCCGGGUGGUCCACUCUGAGCGGGAUUGCGUCCUCGCCUGCUGCUCAGAGGAAGUCAAACCAGGUGCUAAAUGCAACAUGGUGGUUUUCAACGGGAACAAACACGCUGGUGAUGAGAACUGCUUCCUGUUCCACUGUCAGAUGGAGCAGGACUGUCCUUUAACGAAGGCUCAGGAGGGCAUCAACACCUAUGACAUCUACAAAGGUUUACUUCAUCCAACCACUGUGAGACCUCCCCCCACUACCACCACCACAACCACCACCACACUGGCACCAACUACGCCAACAACUGCACAACCAACAACCCCAAAAAGUAUAACAACAACAAUGCCACCAACCACUAUCACAAUGACAACAACCACUACCACAACACAACCGACUACCACUACCUUACCAUCAACCACAACCUCAACCCCUACCUCCACCUCCACCCCCACCCCAACACCUCCACCCAUCAUCAUAAUUGCCACAAUGGCAGCAGUGACCUCAUCACCCACCACUGCAAAAGCAUCACCUCUUUCCACCACCUCCACGAAAAAGCCUAACAAAACCACCAAAAAGCAAACUAAAACCUCCAGGAAAGGAAAAAUUCAUCCUAUCAGCAUCACCACCACCCAGCCAACUCAUACUUCCACCCCCACCACAACCCCAAGCACCACCCCAAGCACCACUCCAACCACCUCAUUUCCUGUUGUAACAAUGAACAAGGAGGCCAAAUACAGAACUACUGAAAAACUUCAGCCAAACACUGAAACCACCACGACCACGACUACAACACUUCCAACCACCACAACACCUCCAACCACCACACUUUCAACUACCACAACAACCACAACCACGCCUCCAACCACCACCACUACUAUUCCGUCAACUACCACCACAAACCCCCCUCCUCCCCCUUCAACAACCACUCCCACCCCUACCACAACAACAACUACAACUACCACCACCACCACUGAGGCCCCCAUCACCAGGACAACGCCCGCGGCGACUCUUUUAAUUGUCCCCAAAGGUGCUGUUCAGUCUGACCACAUCCUCCAGAAUUCAAGUGCUGCCAGAGGCAAAGGGAUAGCAGCACAUGGAGCAAUGAAAAGCGGCAUGGUGGCAUUUGUGGUGCUGGUGCUUGCCAUCCUCACAAUGGCCCUCGCCAUUGGAGGCCGAAAAGCAAUGGAGUCCUUCGACAGACGCCACUACACGAGACUGGAACUCAAUGAUCUGCACUACGAGGUGUGACAAGGAAAGCGUUUCAAGGACGGAAGCCCAGAGGGGCAGUGAGAUUUAUUGAAUUUAUUCAAUUAGUUUAAUAGCACAAAGUUACAUAAUAAUGGAGCACCUACAUCACCUCCUGAAAGGUUUGUCAUACUGUGGAGAACACUGGAUUGUGAUUGGCCGGAGAGUACACAUAAUAUUUAGUUUCUUUGCAUUUAAAAUAGCUGUCACUUUUUGAUCUUCUAAAGAAUAGGGCACUGCUUUGCUAGCAACAUUUUUUUCUGUUGUUUUUAACACCCAAACCACCAAUGUUAUGUAAAAGAUAGACACAGAUACUGAUAUUACCUGUUGGUUUGUGACCAUUGCCAUGUUGCUAUUUUAAAACUGGAGGCAAGCUGAAAGAGAAACCAAGGGGUGCUGUGUGUUCAUACUUUAGUAACUUUUUUUCUGAGUAGAGAAAUUAUGGCCUCCAUGCUGUUUCAGCUAGCACUAUCAAAAACUCAUGAGUGCCAUUUCAAUUAACAUCUGAAAACAAAAUUUCCUGCAUAUGUUUGGGUUUUGAAAGAGAUCACCGCCUUUGUUAUUUUAAAAAAUUGGUCAUAAGACCAAUUUUGAGGAAAGAAAAACCCUGUAAAAGCUAAGCUAAGCUGGCUUAGCUAGCUGAACUUUAUGUUUAUAACAAUAGUGAACAAACUUCGCCCAUUCCAGAUUUUCUAACAAAGAAGUCUUUCAACAAAAUCACCAGUCACAUGAUUUUUAAAGUCUUCACUGUUGAUUAUUUCAGCUUUAUUCACCUUAAGUGACCAUGUCCAUCUUUUAUAUACAGUCUGUAGGUAAAGUACAAAGAUGACAACCUCAUUCCAUUUCAGACUCCGCCUCCUUAAACUCAUCACAGACCAAUCAUGGACUUCAUACCUUAAUUUUUCUGUUAUUGGUUUUAACAAAAGAAAAAAUGGUAGACUUAUAUUGAAAAGUUCUCACAAUGAAGACAAAAUAUCUCUUAAUUUAAAAACUAUUCUUAGAAUUUAUUUGAGGUGUUUUUGUUGUGUGAAAAAAAAAUCAAACUUUGAGAUAUUUUUUGGGCUUUUAUUUUUUUUAGAUUAUUUGACUUCUCAUGAGACAAAUUCCUCAGUUGUUACUCGAUCUUUUUAAGUCUUAUUAAGUGAUAGUGCAACUUUGAAGCAGCCUUCAGACUUUAGGCGGUAACACUGCCCUUCUGUGGCCUCUCAGAUCACAUGAUGAGCUCAGAGUUCUGCUGGGAAGCUCAUUGGUCCAAAACUUCAGCUGACGAUGGAACAAAGAACAAACAGCAAUAUUUUUACUCGUAGAAACUCAGGAAGCUUCUGAAGUGGACUGGCGAGAAGAAACUCUAUACAAGCGGACUCUGAUUCAGAUUCUGGCCUUCGUCUGAUUCGCCGCGGGGUCGCGGGGCCCUUUGUGUAUACACCUGCAUGUCUUCUUCCUCCCACACGCUUCAGCCAUACGAGCCUGUGAUUGCUUCUUAAAUCACCUGACCGGUGUAGAUGUCAGACUCACUCUCUCACUGUGGUGUUUUUGUAUUUUGUAUUUCACAUGUGGAUAAAUAUUCAAACGAUGGAUGCAAUCCUUUGAAAAUCGAUGCACUAUUGUAUCCUGUGGUUUUUUUUUAAUGAUUAUGAUCUGCUGAUUUUUUUUCAUAAGUAAGAGGACACUUGCUGCGCACUAUUUUCCUAUAAUGACGUUUGUAUUGUACUGGAUGUGCAGAAAUGAGACUGCUAUAGCGUCACUUCACCACCAGGUGGCAGCAGCAGCAGUCCGAUAAACUCAAGCUGCACCAAUAAGGCGUUUUCACUGAUACUGCUCUGAUUUUUACUUUGAUUGUCUAAUUAAUAAUUACAUGGAUGGUAAUAGUUUGGUCUUGUUUUGUGAAGUGAUGCUUUUGCAUAAGUUUGAACUUUGAUGUUUCGUUCUUGUAAGGAUUAAAAAACUGUUGAUUUUUGAAAA